AUGGCGAAGCGAAACCUUAGAGAUCGUGAAAUACUUGAAGCGUUGGAAGAAAGUGAUGAUGACUAUGAUUUUUCUUGCGAUGACUUGAUUGAUAAGAACUGGCUACCAGAUGAUUCGGACACUGACUCUGAUAAUAACAAUGAUACUAAUAACAUUGAUAACAUUUAUAACAGCGAUACUGAAGACGACUGGGACAUGGAUGAGGACGUACCAACAGCAUUGUCAAACGUAGUCGAUUCUUCCGAAACAAACAUUUGGACUGAAUUUAGUUCUCGUCAGAAAACUUUUACAUUCGCUGGGCGAUCAGGCUUGCAACAGCCUAUUCCAACAGAUAUUUCCUGUAUAGAUGCAUUUCUCCUUUUUGUUGACAACGACGUUAUUGAAGUAAUUGUAUCAGAAACAAAUAAAUAUGCUGAGGAAUAUAUAAAUAAAGGUGCUCUUACCAGAUUUUCUCGAAAAAAAAAUUGGAUACCAACAACAGAUUUUGAAAUGAAGAAGUUCCCUGGCCUUCUUUUGUGGAUGGGUUUGGUGAAGGUCGGGAGUUUAAAAGACUAUUGGUCCAAAGAUUCGCUCUACAACUUUUCAAUUCCGGGGAAAACAAUGUCACGUAAUCGCUUUCAACUAUUGCUUAGUUUCCUGCACUUCACAGACAAUAACUCAAUUGUACCAGGUGAUAGGCUGAGUACUUGA